UCCGCCUUCCCGGUCUCGCCGUGAUCGGCAGGGAGGGAGGAAUUUCCCGUGCGCCUUCCCUUUCCCCCGGCCCGCACCACCAACUCUCACCUACGCCGCAACAUAUACAGAGCCUGCAGGGGCGACACCGUUGAUCCUCCCUCCCUCCCUCACCCGAUCCAGUCACACAACCGCACUCGCUCUCUCCACCAUGGCGUGCCACGACUCUCUCCGGCGCUUCGGCGCCAGCUGCCUCGUCGCCGUGCUGUUUCUCUGGCUCUGCGCCACCUUCGUCUGCAGCGCCAGGGAGCAGCGGCCGCUGCGGGAGCUGGAGGAGCAGGUGGUGGUGAGGAACUACGGCCCGUACGCUUCCUUCGACCGGAGCGACUCGGCCACACUGCAGGUGCUCAAGGACGCCAGCAUCAACGGUGGCGCGCUCCAGCUCACGCCGGACACCCGCAACAACGACGCCUACCUCGUCAACAAGUCCGGCUCCGUCCUCCUCAAGCAGCCCUUCACGAUCUGGCACACUCUCCCCGACGAUGACAUCGAGAUCCCCGGUGGCGGCAACGGCACCGGCACCGGCCGUGCGCCGCAGCCGCAGGCUCCGCGUGUCCGUAUCGUGUCGUUCAACAGCACCUUCUCCAUGAACGUGUUCUACGACAAGGCGGUCCCCGGCGAGGGCCUGGCGUUUGUCAUCGCGCCCUCGCUCGACAAGCCGCCUCCCGGCAGCCACGGCGGCUUCCUCGGCCUCACCAACGCGACGCUGCAGGCCGCCGGACCGUCCAAGAACCGUUUCGUGGCGAUCGAGUUCGACACCUUCAACCAGAGCCACGACCCGAGCGAUAACCACGUCGGCCUCGACAUCGGCAGCGUCGUGUCCAACGCUACGGCCAACCUCGCCGAUUUCAACAUCACCAUCGCCACGAACGCCCAGACGUCUGCCAACUACACCGUCUGGAUCGAGUACAACGGCGUGGGCCGGCGUGUCACGGUGUACAUGGGCGGCAAGGGGAAACCGAAGCCGGCGAUCCCCGUCCUGAUCAGCCCGCUGGACCUCAGCGAGCACGUCCCCGAGCAGGCGUACAUCGGCUUCUCGGCUUCCACCGGCACCACCUUCGAGCUCAACUGUAUCCUGGACUGGAGCAUGUCAAUCGAGACCUUCCCCAAGAAGGAGAAGAAGGAGUGGAUAAUCCUCGUCGCCGUCUUCGGGUCCAUCGCGGUGGUCGCCAUCGCCAUUGCCGCCUUCUUCCUGGUCAGAAUGUCGCGGGCGAGGCGGAAGAUACAGAGGAGCCAGACGCGGCUGGGGCACACGCUGAGCCACCUCCCGGGGAUGCCGAGGGAGUUCUCGUACGAGAUGCUGAGGAAGGCGACCAAGAACUUCGACGAGCUACUGCGGCUGGGGAAAGGAGGGUACGGCGUCGUGUACAAGGGGACGCUCCCUGCCGAGCACGGCCAGACGGAGGCGACGGACGUGGCCGUGAAGAAGUUCAUCCGGGAUGAUGCCAGGUGCGUCGAGGACUUCGUCAAGGAGGUGGACAUCAUCAACCGCCUUCGCCACAAAAACAUCGUGCCCCUCAUUGGUUGGUGUUACAAGAAAGGGCAACUGCUGCUCGUGUACGAGUACAUGCCCAACGGCAGCCUCGACCAGCACCUCUUCCGGCGCGGGGGCGCCCAGGAGCAGCGGGCGGCGCCGCUCAGCUGGGCGAGCCGCUACGGCAUCGUCGCCGACGUCGCCUCGGGCCUGCACUACGUGCACCACGAGUACGGCCGCACGGUGCUCCACCGCGACAUCAAGGCCAGCAACGUCAUGCUGGACGCGUCCUUCUCCGCCCGCCUCGGGGACUUCGGCCUCGCCCGCGUCAUCGACUUCGACCGGAGCUCCUUCACCGACAUCGGCGUCGCCGGCACGCGCGGGUACAUCGCGCCGGAGUACUCCGUGGGGCACAAGGCCACGAGCCAGACGGACGUGUUCGCCUUCGGCGCGCUCGUGCUGGAGGUCGUCACGGGCCGCACCGCGCUGCGCGACGACGCGAGCUGCCCGCUGCUGGUGGACUUCGUGUGGCGGAUGCACGGCCGCGGCGCGCUGGUCGGGGCGGUGGACCAGGACCUCGGCACGGCGGGGUACGACGCCGACGAGGCCACCAGGCUGCUGCUCCUCGGCCUGGCGUGCAGCAGCCCCAACCCCGGGGACAGGCCCACCAUGCCGGAGGUGCUGCAGAUCGUGUCCAAGAAGGCGCCGCCGCCUGAGGUGCCGCUGUUCAAGCCGAGCUUCGUGUGGCCGCCGGAAGGGGGAGCGGCGCAAUUCAGCCUGAGCGACAUCGAGAGCAGCGGUGGCAGCUUCACCGGCACAGGCAAUGGUUCAUCGACGCGCGCGACACAGGAGUCAUCCUACGACAGCUUCCGGCAGCCGCCCUCAGCACCAAACAACAGCCAGGAGUACUUCCCAGCGCUGUCCUCCGGCCGGUGACGAAGUUAACAUAUGUAACUGUAAAACUGGCCAUUAUAAGGUAAUCACAGUAAAUGUAAAUACAUGUAGGUAAUACGUGCUUAGUACAAUAGUACUGCAAUUGGUUUCAUUAGUUUGCCUGAGCCGGGGAAGUAGAAGAGUGGGAGGUAGGUGCUGCUCUGGCAAGCAGGAGAUUUUAGCCUUGCAGAGCCAUAUGGCAAAGUUCACUGCAGAUCGACGAGUCCAAGUGAAGCCUAAGUGUCUAAUGUGUAGUAUCAACUAGCUAGUCUUAUGAUUUUCAGAAGUGAGGCUGGUGUUGUUAAUAUGCUUUGGUUAUUUGUUUUGGUUUCUUGAGUAACAAAAGAUCGAAACAAAUGUGUGUGAUGAUGCGAAGAGGAGA